AUGGCAGCGGCAGGGGUCCUGAACCAGGCGCACUUCAUCUGCCCGGCGUGCAUAACGCCACGCGCCCUGUUCGGCCCGCCCGAGGCGUUCCGCACGGGCGCGCCUGUGCUCGGAGAGCUCCCGCUCGUCCUCGGUAUGAGCGCAGGCUGCGACCGCGGCGUGCCGUUCGCGCCGCUCAGCAACGCGGAGGCAGGGGCGGGCGACGCGCAGGAGUGGCGGGACAUGAUGCGCGCGGCCGCCGAGCAAGUGGUGUUCGCGCGGGAGACCGACGGAGACGAGCCUGUGCCUCGUGGCCUUGUGGGAUCGUCGCAGCGCGAGGGCAUGCGUUUGAGUGCGCUAAUCGAUGGGUUCUCACCUCACCUUCGACGUCCAUCCGUCAUCAUGAAGAGCAUUUUGCAAGCACUCGGCGUUGACAAGGACUGUAAGAUCGCUGUGGUUCAGUAUCGACGGGAUGUCUUUGGAGUGGGGAGGGAGGAGGAGCUCCACUGGUCCAUCGUGUUGCAGACUGAAUCCAAGGUCAACAGCAAGUCGAGGUUCCCGUGCUUCCAGGUCUUUGAUCGUACCUUUAAUGAUGAGCGGGGAAAGCAAUGGGAGCUGCAUGACCGGGACGUUUCGCUUGCCAAAACGCGCAAGUGCCUUGGAGGCGUCUAUAUCGGUGUGGUGAAGGAAAGCCAGAUUGCGUUGUUACGGGAGGUCGUCCAUAGCAAUCCACCCACAGACAGGUCUGCGGAGUGGAACUGCCGUGACUGGGUGAUGGAGGUCAUCGAGUUGUUUAUAUUGAAGGGAUGGGUUGGUGCAAGCAUCCACUCCCAGUCAGUGCUUCUUCCCUCGCUCAGGCGUGCCAGCUUGGCUACAGAGACUCUCUUCAGCGAGAGCUCUAGUGCGCUACCUGUGAUUGUCGAUCUCGCAUAGCUCCGGGGAGAAUUAAACAUGUCCAUCCUUGUGCAAUCGAUGUCAAGUAGCCACUAGUGCCUGAGAUGUUGGUGUACUAUACAAAGAAAACAGAUCCUUUG